GGCGAACGGAGGACGAAGCCAAAAACAAAACGGGGAAAAAUCGUCCAAAUGUCAACCGGGUCGUAAAUUUUCCUGCUGAAAAGAGUGUCGUUAUUGUCCUUCGCGGAUUUCGGUUUUCCUUGGUGGGAAAAUCGUCCUUAAAACGGAACAUUUGGUGUGAAAAUCUUGGUGAACAUCUCGGGGUGUGAAGUGAAUUUGGUAGAAGUUCAAUUCAGGAAAGGGAACGAUGUUUUUCGAGUUGAAUGGGCGGCUAAUCUGAGCACCUUCGCUUCUUCGGUCAUCAGAUCGCGCCCUUGUCUCUAUUUUUCUUGUGUUGCGAAAGUAGUUUUUUCGGUUCUGGUGCUUUUACAGCGCUUGGCUUGACGUGUGAUUAUCAAUAUACAAUUCGAAUGGUUUUGUGGGUGUCCUGCCGAAGCCGAAGGUGAAAUCGGACCGGUUCUCGUUCAGGGGCGUGUCCACUUGAGGAGUGGACAGUUGGCGGCUCUCCGAUCCGGAACGGGUCGCGGAUUAUGGAGGUGGAGUCUACUUUUCCAACGGAAAUGUGCCCUUUGUCCGAGAAUAUGGUUGGCAAACAGAAUAAUCAGCAGCAGCCUCCGAAGGGGAGCAGUAGCAACGGAUCGGUAGCUCCCAAGGCCGAACCCGAGGAGGACGAAGACUUCGAUCAGGAUCGGCCACGAUUGAAGGAGGAACGGUACGCUUAUGCUGGCGAAGAACCAGGUUCCAUGGAUGAGAACCCCAGCAAUGGGAAAAGCGGGGACAGUAGCCACCGGUCGGCGGUUCAGUGGAUCAACGAUGAUGACGAGAUCGAAAUGCUGGAUAUGUCGCUGACGAUCGAUCCGCCGAACAUCUUCAACCGGGUCAACAGUGCCGACAUCAUCUACCAGGCGAGACAGAAGAAGUGCAAACUGGUCGGGAAGUACGUGAUGGGGGACGUCCUCGGGGAGGGCAGCUACGGCAAGGUCAAGGAGGUGCUCGACUCCGAAACGCUGGGCAGGAUGGCUGUGAAGAUUCUCACCAAGCGGAAACUGCGACGCAUUCCCAACGGAGAGCAAAACGUCCGCAGUGAGAUAAAACUGUUACGCAAGCUGCACCAUCGGAACGUGAUAGAACUGCUGGAUGUGCUGUACAAUGAAGAGAAGCAGAAGAUGUAUUUAAUAAUGGAAUAUUGCGUCGGAGGGCUGCAGGAGAUGCUGGAUUCCGUUGUUCCGGAGAAGAAACUACCGAUGCACCAGGCUCACGGCUAUUUCGUACAGCUGCUAGACGGUCUGGAGUAUCUGCACGGCUGUGGAAUCGUUCACAAAGAUAUCAAGCCCGGAAAUCUUCUGCUGACGCUGGAUCAUACUCUGAAGAUUUCCGAUUUUGGUGUCGCGGAGGCAUUAGAUAUAUUCGCCCCAAACGACGAUUGCACAACCGGACAGGGUUCGCCUGCGUUUCAACCGCCGGAGAUAGCUAAUGGGCAUGAGGUAUUCUCCGGCUUCAAAGUCGACAUAUGGAGCACUGGAGUCACGCUUUACAACAUUACGACCGGUUUGUACCCGUACGAGGGAGAUAACAUUUACAAAUUGUUGGAAAACAUCAGUCGAUGCGAUUGGGUUGCACCGGAAUGGUUGGAAAGCCGCCUGGCCGACUUGCUGACCAACAUUCUGCAGGAAGACCCUGCGAAUCGAUUUAGUCUACAACAAAUUAGGCACCACGAAUGGUUCAAAUUUGCACCGGAGGCAACGUGCCCCCGAGUACCGGUGCCCCCGCUCAAAGGGGACUCAACACGACGUUCCACUGUAUUGCCUUAUCUGGAAGCCCAUCACUACGAGGUGGACCGGGACUAUGCCGGGGUUUACUUUACCGAGCACGAUAUUAACGAGGAGAUAGCCCGCCAGCAGAUGCAGAGUGCCUCGCUCGACCCACGUUACCUACAGAGUGGCGGUUUCGACUCGCUGUCCUUCAAUUCGGAUGAUUUCCAAUCCGCACACUCGCACCAUCAGUAUCCUCACGCUUCGCAUCACUACCGUCAUCAUCACCAUAACCGGCACCAUUCGCACCAGCCGGGAUCCUAUCACAACAACGGUAAUAGCAAUGUGGCCGCCUUGGCCGGAGGCACCUACUCCGGCGAGGGCUCCGGCGAUGCCGAGAGUGGCCAACGGGAAAGUCACCGCAAGAUGCGCAGUUUCUCGCUUUCGCCCAAGGCUGGCUCGCGACACGUGACCAAUAAUUCGGGUUCGGCGGCAACGACCUCGAAUGCCCCCGUGUCGGCCACCAAUUCCAAGCGGGCGCGCUCGCGAAAACCCGUUUCCUGUAUCUCAUGGCGAAAGUGGUCCCACUGUCGACAGUCGUGAAGCAGCGACGAGGAGGACGGUGACGACGGGGCAGGUGAGAGCACGGAUGAGGAUUAAGAAUGAUGCCAUUUUGUUGAUUAUUUUGCUAGUAGACCUACUUUUCGUUCUUAGAGAUGGGGUACAGAAAAAUGGUAUAAAAAGCGUAGAAGUAAUGUUCAAAUCUCGUCCUAAGUUUUAUUUGGUAUUGAGAUUUUUUUAUAUUGUCAGGUUUCACCAAUCGUCCUGUAAAAUUUUAGAAAGGCUAGCUUUGUGUAAAUUGUGAGAAACUUGCUUUUGAAAUUUGUAUAGCUGUUUUAGGUAGAUCAGAUUGAUGGUUAGAACAUGGCUAAAAAUUCCCAGUAGAUUCGGCGUGGAAAUUGGUAAGUGAUGACAAUUUUAUAUGUAUUGUAUGAUUUCAGUGUAUUCAGUCUAAUAUAGUUUAUUUUGAUAACGA